AUGACAGAAAUGAUUGAUAAAUUUAGAGUACCAUUUUUAACAGCUUUAGCAAAUUACAAAUUAAGACAAUAAACAGAUAUCUGGAUAAAUUUCAGAAAACUACUGUAAUUAUUCGAAGGUUGUGAACCUUGGAUUGUAAAUAUUAAUGUAUUUGUCAAUUAUCUAAUGUUGUUAGAAAUGGAAUCAAUAUAAAAUAUGGUCAUUAUUAGAAAAACCUUAAAAGUUAAUUAAAUUGGUUCAAAAUUAUAGGGUUAACAUUUAAAAAAUGCAUCCUAAAAAUAUUGAAAUUGCAGUUGACAAUUUACGUUCAGGAGAUAAUCAAUAUUCAUAAUAUUUGGCUGCACUCAUUCAAUAUAUUGUUGAAAAAUAUGAGAUUCAAAUUAAUGAAGAAUAAAUAGCUAAUUAUCUUGACGAUUCAGAUGAUAUUGAAUCUAGAAUGAAGACAUAAGAAAGUGGACUUGACUUUUAAGAAUAACCUUCUAUGGAUCUCUCUUGUAGUAAUAGUAAACCUAAUUCUGCUAUGAGAAAAAGUAGUUGUACUUAAAGAUCAAUUACAACUGAAUCUCGGAGUAAUUGGAAUUAAACUAAAAGUACAAUUGAAAAUCUCUAGAAACAUAAAAUGCAUUUAUAAUAAUAAAUUGAACAACAAAAAGAAAUCCUUAGAGAACUCCAAUAUGAACAUAAUAAGACUACUUAAUAGAUAUCAAAGCUUAGUUCUAAUUCGAAGAUAGAUAAAAUUCUUAACAACUUCAAUAGAUCAAGAAGAUUUAUCUCAUGA